UGACAAAAAGUAGACAGAGGUCUCAGAACCCACGUCUCAUUACAAAAGUAGACAGAGGUCUCAGAACCCACGUCUCAUCACAGAAGUAGGCAGAGGUCUCGGUACCCACGCCUCAUCCGAUCCCAUAGCCAUAACCAGACGGAGGUACGUUUCAGGCCCCACGUCUAUAUUAUCCACCAUAAUGAGCCAAACAACUGGAUCGAAAGACUCUCCCCGUCAGGGCCCCAAUCAAGCCUGUAAUAUCACUUCCCAGAACAAUACGAAAGAGGAUGGAGCUAUGAAAGAUGAUGGAGGAAAGAAAACCCCCAAUAUAGCCAGGUCUAAACGAGGUACAGGGUUCAAAAUCCCCCUCAAAGGAAAAGUCAAGACCCCCUCCCAGGCCAGACCCGAGGGGAAGACAGCUAAAACCCCUACUCCGGACGAAUUAACCCACGGGACGUCCGUCACCUUACUGGGAAAGAUACCGAAGGUUAAGGGGGCCGAGUUUUCUUUGGACGACUCGGAUAAAUUCGAGACGAUUCCCGUCAACAAGAAAGCGAAGGUGGGGGAAUCAGGGAAGGACGUAAAAACGAGUUUUCAUCCCCCUGACGACACGGACAUUGCCUCGGCGGCAUGGUUCAUGAAGAUGUUCCAGGCGGCGCAAAAAUGUAUGAACUUGUCGAAUCAGCCGAUUGCAGGCGACACCAGCGCCCCUACCAGAUCAGCGGCGCAGACCAAAACUCGGCCCGACAGCCCAGGCGCCCCGACGCCGGACGGGCCGCUGAGGCGUGACGGAGUACCGGCGAAGCGGCCACGGCCAGGACAACGGGACAUUGAAAGCCGUACUCGGGGGAGAAGCCCGAGUACCUGUCAUGCUCCCUCUAUUGAUAUAAAUGAGGAUGAUUCAAACUCUGAAUAUGGCUACCAUCGGCCCAUAGCAUCCCGCAAGCGAAAAUGGGCAGACUCUUUGCUGUCUCAACUUUCCACUUCAGGUUCAGAGAGACAGAGCAUUGCUAGCGGUCGUUAUGAGAAGGAGGGGGUUUCAGUGAUUAGUGAGGGUUUUUCUUCAGCUAUUUUUGCUUCCAGCCCCAGCUCUCGCCAUGAUAGCGUAGAAAGCAAGCCUGUUUCGGCUGCAGAUUUGAUUACGAAAUACUGCCCCCAGCUUAAGGCAGAGACUACCGACUCAGAGGAAUCUAAGCCUAUUUUCUGUCUCGAUUCGGAGCUUGGGAGACAAUCUGUCAACUCAGCUGCGGUGAAGCUUGACAAACCCUUCUCAUCCUGCCUGAAUUACCUUAAUGACAGGGGAAGGGACUUACGUCCUACCAACAGAGUGGUUAAGAAGCACUUUCGCUUUGGGGAACGAGACUUUAAGCACGCUUUCAAGACUCCCACAGUCCCAGAUGCAGCCUUUUGUGUUGGUGAUGCUAAGGCUAAGAGAUCGCGCUACUCUAAUCAGAAUCCACUCGGGUCACGUAGAUUUAAGCGUAUGGAGAGUCAGUUGACCUCUAUUGACCAGACAGCCAGGGCAUCUAUGCGCCUAGCAACCUAUCACACAUAUCUUUUGACAGCCUUUCGGGAAUCUGAGAAACUAGGUAUCUCCCCAGAGGAUCGCAGAGACAUAUGGGAGUGUGUUAUGAAGAUUGCAGAAUACCAGUUUGAACAGGCGUCGAGAACGGCCAUACUUUGCACGAGAGCAAGACGUUCACAGGUCAUUGACCUACUUCAGAUUAAAAAAAAUGCUACUCGACUACUCGAAAGACUGCCAGCCUGGGGGGAUGACCUUUUCAGUGGUCGUUUUCAGGAAGUUUUAGAAUCUUCUAUCUCUGCCUCUUCCACGGCUGAUAAGACAGUGUACAGGUUGUCUUCACAUUCUUAUGGCCAACGUUCCUCCUCACGUCAGCAGGCCUCUGGGCCGAGUAACCAGCAACCGCAGGGCCCCCCACAACGCGAGGUCAGGGCUAGGAGCCCCCAGACCAAUCAAAGGACCCCUACACCCUUUCGGGGUCGACGCAGAUUGUCCCGCGGUUCUCAGUACCCCCCUAAACACUUGUGACUCCUUGGCCGGACCGUUUUCACCAGACUUACACGCCCCCGUAGGAGGAAGGCUCAUUUUCUUUGCAAAAAAAUUGGAGCCUCAUAACAGGAGACAAAUUAAUUCUCAGGAUAGUGCGGGAGGGAUAUCGGGUCGAGAUCGACCCACAUUAUCGGGAUGCGUUCGCACAAUUAACCAAACCUCUGCCCUCCCCCACUCUCUCGAAACGAGAGAGGCUCUUUUAAGGGAAAUCAAUGAACUGGAGAGAAAGCGUGCAUUUUCCAAGGUGCCCUCCAGCCGAAAGAUUGUUUUGUCAAAUGUCUUCCUAAUUCGGAAACGGUCCGGAAAAUUCAGGAUGAUCCUGAAUCUAAAGAAACUAAACAGGUUCAUCGAAAACAAGCCAUUCAAGAUGGAAUGCCUCUCCAAGAUCCUGCCCCUGCUUCGCCCCCACGAGUGGGCGGCAUCUAUAGACUUAUCGGACGCGUAUCUUCACGUUCCAAUAGCAAGGUCCUCUCAGCAUCUCCUAGGUUUCGCAAUAGGAGGGGACACUUACCAGUACCAGGCCCUCCCUUUCGGCCUUCGCUCUGCUCCUCGCAUCUUUACAAGGCUCGUCAGGGUAAUUGCUGCAGAGCUAAGAAGAAGAGAGGUAAAAAUUUUUUGCUAUCUGGACGAUUGGUUGAUCCUCGCCCCCUCAGAACAAACCCUUCUCAGACACUUGAAGGUCACAAUCGCGUUAACGACAAAUUUAGGCCUUCUCAUAAACUGGGAAAAAUCAAGAUUGACUCCAACUCAGACUCCGGAUUUCCUUGGAGCAUUUAUAGACAUCCCGAGUCAGGUGGCAGCCCCCCUUCCCCACCGGGUUCAGAGAAUGAGAGCAGUCGCGGAGCAACUCCUGUCCAGUCGUCUCUCGACUGCGAAGACUUGGCAGAUUUUUCUGGGACUCUUAGCAAGCUUAGUGAAUACAGUUCCCCCUUGCAGACUGAGGAUGAAUUUUCACAUAAACAGUUUGGAGAUGAUUGCGGUGCAGUUAGCCCUCCAACACUUUGCAUCCGAGAUAGUGGAAAAGUGUGUCCUGAUAAAGUCAGACAACCAGACGGUGGUAACAUAUCACAUAGCAGACUUCUUAUCGAGGGGGCGCUAUCUCCCCUCGGAAUGGAUGCUCCACGAGGCUGUGGCCAGGGAGAUAUUCAAUCAUUUCGGCAACCCACAGAUAGAUCUAUUUGCCUCAACACUACCAGGGACACAGCACUACUACCCCGAGCCCAACAAACUGAGGCUCACACUGUGGCCCAUUACAGGGCAGCAGCAAUCAAGGCUGGACUUUCUGAACGGGCUGCCAAUUUCUCAGCAGAACGUUUACGGUCUUCCACACGAUCAACCUACGACUCCAGACUCAGUCACUAUGUGAGAUGGUGUCGGCAGGCUAAGACUAAUCCAUGCAGGGCAUCUGUAGUUUCAUUCCCCCUCACAGGGCUGUCUCGCCGGAUACUAUCUCUCGUUGGAUUGUGGAGGCAGUGAAAUCUGCUGGUGAUCCAGUCAUCAUUCACCAGAAAGUUAGAGCCCAUGACACAAGAGGAUUGGCUGCUUCCUGGGCCCUAUUCAAGGGCGUACCCAUGGAGGAUAUAAUGAAAGCGGCAUAUUGGUCCAACGCUAAUACAUUCACAUCCUGCUACCUCUCGGAUGUCCUCGGUGAUGAAUCCAAGUUUGCGAGGGCCACCCUGUCCGGUCCCCAUCGCUAAUCCAAGGUAUGAGUUUAACUUUACAAGCUUGCCAUUAGUAUCUUGUAUAAUAGAAUUGAUCUGUAGGGCCUCUUGGCUUUGACCUUUGGCCUGACCACCUCCCAUAGUUGUUUCCGUGGGAAUCUGGCAUUUAAGGGAAUAGGUAAGUAUGGCGUAUCUGAAGUAGAUUAUGUUGUUCAGUAGUGAACACCAUAUCUACGAAGUAGCCAUACUUACCUAUGCUACCCUCCCACCUCCCCUCUUUCUGUAUCUGAGGUUCGUUUGCCUAAGAAAGAGGAAGUGAGCCACGCACGCAAGGUACUUAUAGUAUAGGGCUGGGUUUCCCUCCUUGUCGUGCGGGGCUCUAGUCUGCGUUGCAGACUUUUUCUCCUUUUAUAGGAGAAAUUUUUGCCGGGUGUAUUCGAGCGUGGCGAUCGAAUGGCAUUUAAGGGAAUAGGUAAGUAUGGCUACUUCGUAGAUAUGGUGUUCACUACUGAA